UCAGAAAGUGCCGGAGCCUUCGUUCUCGCGAGACGCGUUACCUGGCUGGAGCUGAAUUUAAACUCUCGAGGAGACAAACGGUCCGAUAGAGAAGCAGGCGGAGGCUGAAAGAAUUCAGAGGUGCAGGUAUGUCGACGGCAGAGGUCUCGGAGACCCAGCGGCUUCGCUUCAAGCUGAAGGAGGCGGAGGAAGCCCUGGAGAAGGCUGCCCAGUACGGGCUGCAGCUGCUGGAGAGCCAGCAUGAGCUGCAGAACCAGCUGGAGGAGCAGCGCGCUGAGAUGACCAACACCAUCGAGGCCCUGGAGCAGGAGAAGUACUCCCUGCAGAGAGAGGUGGAGCUGAAGGUCCGGAUGCUGGAGAGCAUGGGCUCUGAGUGCGACACCAUCAAACAGCAGCAGAAGCUUCUGUGGGAGCAGCAGGAGGCCAUGCAAGAGAGGAACCACGCCUGGGAGAUCAGUGACUUCAAGAAUAAGCUGGAGAAGAUGAAGGCUGAGCUGGACGAGGCCCGGCUGAGCGACAGGCAGCUGAGACACAAGCUGGAGCUGCAGAGCGAGAUGCUGAGCAGCAAGAGCGAGGAGCUGCGCGCGCUGUCGGAGCGCGCACAUGAGACCAUGUCCUCCGAGGUGCUGGGGCUGCAGAUCGACAAGACAGAGCUGGAGGCGGCCAGGGAUCUGCUGGAGCAUGAAAUCAAUGAGAUGAAAUACCGGCAGCAGCAGCUGGAGCUGACCAACACGAACCUGCAGCGGCAAGUGGAGCGGCUGAGUGAGGAGAAGGAGGAGAGGGAGAGGGAAGCCGUCUCCUACUUCAAUUCCCUGGAGAAAACUCGAGAAGCCUGCCAGGAUCUCCAGAUUCAACUAGACCAUGCUCUGCAGCAGGGCCAGGACCCAAACAGCAAGGGCAACUCUCUCUUCUCUGAGGUGGAAGAUCGCCGCGCAGAGAUGGAGAGGCAUUUGAUCAGCAUGAAGGUGCAGUACCAGUCCCUUCAGAAACAGCAUGCCUUCUCCAGACAGCAGCUGCACAGAAUGAAGAUCCAGAUCGCCACCCUGCUGCAGCUGAAGGGCUGCCAGGCUGACCCAGAGCAGCUGGAGCGGCUGCAGGCCAUGCUGGGGCAGAAGAAUAACGAGAUUGAGGUCCUGAUGAUUAAACUGCGGCAGCUGGAGAAGCUGGAGGUGACCCACAAGGCUGAGCUGAGCUGUGCUUCAGCAGGAGAGCAAGUUUAUGGUGAUGGGACCUACUACACAGACCUGCUGAAAAUGCAGCUUACUGCUUCCAAGCAGGAGUCAGACCGGCUGGGUGAUGAGCUGUCCCUCCAGAGGAUGAAGGCUCUGGCGGAGAGUCAGAGGGUGCUGGAGGUGGAGAGGAAGCUCUUCGGCAGCGAGAGGGCUCUCAAGCUGUGCCAGGGAGAGAACAUGAAACUGCGGGUCAGACUGGAUGAGCUCAGGAUGAAGUACGAGCCCGAUGCGGUGAAUAAGGAUCGCGUUCAGAAGCGCAGGCGUGAGAAGCUGCCAGUUGACAUGCCUGCAGACGAGCCGACAGAGAAGGGGCCUGGAAAACAUCAGCCUGCUGUGAACGGGGAGGCGGGACAGACAGAGCCCAGCGCCACCCUGCUGCAGGAGGUGCCAGCGCCCGAGCCAGCCAGCCAGCUGCCCCGCGAAACCAAGCGCGUGCGCAUCUCUGAGGAGCCCCCCAGGUCAGUGCCCUCCAGCCGACCCCUCUCUCUCCUCCAUCGCUGCAUGAACUACACCCUCUGUUUCUUCUUUCUCUUCCUGGGCUUCGUGCGCACGCUCCUGCCUCGCAUCGGCCUGCCACGGCUCACUCUGCCUUUCAAAAAAGCCGUCAGCAGGAAGGACUCUCGCUAGCCCCUGGAACAUUGUCUCUGUGUAAAGAACACCAGAGGGGCUGGGGAAAGGGGGUAGAGAUAGAUUUAUAUAUACAGUAGAUUUCUCUCUAGACGUUCGUUUGUAUUAACACUUUUUAAAGUGGUUGUAGCUAUGCUCAUUAUUUCAUGCAUCGUACCUGCUGUGCACGCUCUCAUUCUAUCUAUCACUAUAGAUGUUUUAAAAGAAACUCUUGUUGAAGAGAAAUAUAUUUAUUUUAAUUUUAAAACUUUCAUUUUAAAGUUUGCUAGCCCUUCAAGGCAGCACUUCCUUGGUCAGUGAAAUUGCCCCCAUCCCUUCAGUGCCUUCUUUCCUGUCUAACCAACCAGCUGCUUCCCCUGUUGACUGACAAGCUUUGCAGCCAGUAACACGCUUUGAUCCCAGAGACACUUGUGAGGUGGAAGGGCCGAGGGAAUUGAAGCAGUAAGGCAAAGAAGCGGAGAGCUGUCUUUAUUCUAGUGGUGUAGCAGGUAUGAUGUUUCGCAAUGAAACCCCAGCACGCGUUCGCUCUACAUGCGUUUCUUUCACAACUGCACAUGUGAGACCUGUCUGGAAUGGAGGUGCACAUCGGGGGAAGCUGCAUGCAAUUAUUUUUCAGCUACAAUCACUUUGACAGGAAUUGUGUAAAAUAUGACUUUGGUAUCAUGAAGUUGGCACUUUGCAAUAAUAUAUUGAAUACAAAAGGGUCACGCAGUGCCACUGGCUUGUGUAUUGUUAGUAAUACAUUGUGCAGGUUAUUCUACACAGAGUCAUGUGUGUACAUCACAGGGCUGUGCUGCACUCAAUAAGAUUCACGGUUCCUACAAUCCUGUAGCGUUCCAGGCACAUUCAUUACAGCCUGUGAUCGCUGAUUGUUAAUAACUGGAUAGUAGCAGCAAUUCUGAUAUUGUGCUUUUUAAAGCUUUUUAUAUUUGUUACAUUGAACAAGAAAUCCGUUUUUAACACUGCUUGCUUGUGCUUUGCCUCUUAUGGGUGUGAACUACAACAAUUGAGGAGAUCUGUUUGUGUUUUGUUUUUGUAAAUGACAAUCUCUUCUCAGGUGUCCUGCAGCACACACCACAGCAACGGCUGCUUUUGAGAGAGCGUUACAUAGGUCUAAUGAUCUGGUCUCGCUGCCCUGGAAACUCUGUGGAAAGGUUAAGCCGUGCCGCCUUCAGAGAGAAUAAAAUCUAUGCAUGUACUUGGGGUGGCCUGCACCAGUUAAGCCACUGGUGAUCUGGUAGUGGUUUGAAAGGGCUGAAUUAGGAAGUGAUGUAAUGAGGGACAAGGAAUAGGGGCACAAAUGUGCAUCUUCAUGUCACUGUGCAGCAGGGUGGAAUACAAGGCUGUGGCUGUGUGGGAGUGCGGAGGGUGUGUACUAGAGAUGGUGAGAGGUAUUGUGUGAGACGGAGCGAGGGGGUCGGGCACCGUAGGGAAGGAUAGCAGAGAGAGAAGCUGAGAAGAGAACGGAGUACAGCGCUCCCUCGACAUUUCACCGUCCCGUAUCAAACUCUACAUUUCCCUGUAAAAGAGUCCUUCACUAAUUCACUAGCACAAAGGGACGUGGAUAUAUAGGAGACAUUCAGAACUGAAUCACGUUAUUCAUAAUGGGGAUCUGCUUCAUCCCAGUUUUAAAGCUUGAGGUGGUUCUGUGGCACAAGGGGGUCAGUUGAUUUGCCCAUGGGCACACACAGCAGGUCACCUCCAGAUAGCACACUGCACUGGCCAGCGCACAGCCGUUAUUCACAUGUCUUUGUUCACACUGUCUUUCCUGUUCUUCUUGCACUCUGUAGUAAUGCACUGUCUGCGUGCCAUUGUGACUUUUGCAUGUUGCUCUUUAAUGUGUGGCUUUACUCGGGAUCACGUUUCACUGCACGACCCGUCUGGCUGUUUUAAUAAUAAUACUGUGCUGUCGAUACAUGUUAUGCUGGCUUUCAUUUCUGUAAUCUCUUUCUAUUUUAGUUUUGGUUUUAUUGUUUUUUGUUCAUUGAUCUUUUUAUUAAAUGUUUGUGUGGAAAAGAUUUUACUAGUUAUUUAAUGCAUUAAAAUAAAUGUUAGAUUGUAUUCGGGGUCAUUUGCAGCCAAUAUUUUACUGCAUGUGUGUGUGUCUGUGUGUGCCCGUGUGUGUCUGUGCGUGCGUGCGUGCGUGUGUGUGUAGACCCUAGAACAUGUCAUUCUCCAAGUGCUGACCGAACACUAGGUGUUUCACUGUUGUUGCCGGCUCUGUAAAGCUGAAUCUGGAUUGGGUGGUUUGCCUGUAGGUCUGUGCCAGUGGAUGUUAAAAUCAAGAUGGAGGAGGAGGAGGAGGUUGAGAUAGGAGCCGAGAACAGCAGGGCAGAGAGGAAGAGCAGGCAGAGGGCUCACCCCGUCAUCCACGUAUCCUCUAAGCCCACCUCUGAGAACC